AUGAAGUUGUUUUUCACAGUCCUGCUCGGUUGUCUUCCCUUGGCUCUGGCCGACUUCAUUAUCGUCACUUUCCCUAAGAAUACACCGGAUCGGGUAGUGAAGGAAGCAAGGCAGGCUAUCAUUGAUGCAGGUGGAGAAAUCACCCAUGAUUACCGUGAAGUUGAUCAAGUAAACAUUGCCCCUUUGCCCUUUGUCGCUAGCAUUUUGGUCUUUGUCGACCAUUCUAACGGUCCUCUCAAGAGGAUUCUCUGCAGAAAGCCCAAAGGAGGCCAUUCAGCUGAUCUCAACGAAAUCUUCGGAUUACCCGCCAACCAUCGAGGGAGAUACGAUAGUGUCAACUCAGUGAGGGGGGGGGCAGAAGUUAUUUUCGGCUCACGUGCUACCUGGCAUGUCUCGUACUGGUUAUGGGCCUCGCCACCAUGGGUCAGAAUGGAUGGGAAGCAGCAGGCUGGAUAUUUCCGUGGGUGGGAACGAUGGGAGUGUCUGAGUUUAUGA